AUGAAUUUCGCAACUCCAUCAUCAAUCAUCACCGACCCACUCCAAUACCCCCAGACAGCCACGCCGCCAUCCGUUGCACGGCCCCAGCCACCCCCACCAGUCCAGCAGCAGCAACAGCAGCAGCAGCAAUUACAAAAACAGCAACCCCUUCCACAACAACCUCAGCAGACCUCACAGCAGCAACAACAGCAACAACAGCAACAGCACCUCGCUAUGAAUGGUGUCAACGGCGGCAACAUGCCCGGCGCCGGCAUGGUUCCCUUUCCCGCCCCAGCUGGCCACCAGGCCGAGCUCAACUACAUCUACGGCAUGGUCGAGGAGCUGAGUCGCCAACUAGCCGACAACCAGCGCACUCUAGAGGAAGUCGUCUCAGGCGUUGGCCGCGUGCGCAGUCGCGCAAGGGCACACUCACUAGGCAACGAGGAGCUGGUCGAUUCCGUCGGCGACGAGGUCAAGGCCCAAGAAUCCAACCUCGACACGCUCAUCUCGAUCCUCUCGGAGGCGCUCGAAAAAGCCAAGUUCUCGCGCGACGCCAACGCCGCGCUCCUCACGCAGUACGCCUCCGUCAUCUCGACCAUGCUCAAGCAGUUCCACGACUACAAGGCCAAGCACGUGGCGGACGUAUCAGCAUGGCACCGCAGCUACCGGGGCCAGCUGGCCGAGGCGCGGGCCGAGAACUGCCGGCUGCGCGAGCAGAUCUGGGAGAUGCAGGCGCGGGCGGGGAAUGCCAACGAGGCGCUGCGCGGGUUCCGCGGCCGCUACGACGAGGACGCCGCCCGCUGGGAGCGCCGCGUCGACGCCAAGGCCGUGCGCCAGGAGCUACGCUUCUGGAAACGCAUGGCCAUGCCCCACCUGCCCGAGGACGACCCCUACUGGAGCGACGACGACGACCUGGUCGACGCCGUCGAGAAGCGCCGCGACCUGGCCGAGAAGCGCCAGCAAGAGAUCAACCGCCUGGUCGCCCGCGAGCAGGGCAGCGAGGACGCCGCCGAGCUGGGCGAUGUCGUGGGCGCGCCGGGAGGCGGGGAGAACGGAGACGUGCCGCCCGAGGUGCCGUCUGCGCCGGGCGCCGGGCAGGGCAUGGCGAUGGGCGGGGUGCCGAUGCAGAGGGAGGAUUCUGGGGCGGUCGUGCUGCCUAUCCCGCCGCCGAGGCCGUCGAGCGCCGCGAGUAGUACCGGGUCGUCCGGGGCAAUGAGGGCUUUUUUUGGCUUCUCCCUUUAUUCGGUGACUUGGUGA